AUGACAAUAGCAAAGCCCCACAAAAAAGUCAAUGACUCCCCUCCGGCGUCGGACUCAGCAACCAAAAAGUGCGACUACAAGGAUGACGGCACCAAUAUCCUUCUCGACGCAAAUGAAAACGCGUACGGGCCUUCUCUGAGUGCAGAUGUUGCGGAGAAGGCUGCCAAUGGCGUGGAGGUCGACUUGCUGGGCCUGCACCGUUAUCCUGACCCUCACCAGGAACCGUUGAAGAAGCAGCUUUGCGAGCUGCGAAACACCCAUGCCCACACAGAUAAGACGCUCAAGCCUGAGAAUUUGUUUGUGGGUGUUGGUAGUGAUGAAGCUAUCGAUGCUCUGCUGCGAUGCUUCUGCGUUCCUGGAAAGGACCGCAUCCUUACAUGCCCGCCUACUUAUGGGAUGUAUUCUGUGUCUGCACAGGUCAACGACGUGGCUCUCGUCAAAGUUCCCCUUUUAGAAGCCCCAACCUUCAGCAUAGACGUUCCGGCUGUCAUGGAAGCCCUGACAAAAGAGUCCAACAUCAAACUUGUCUACCUUUGCUCGCCUGGAAACCCCACUGGCUCAGUCCUCGCCAAGUCUGAUGUUCAGCAGAUUCUGGAUCACCCAACGUGGAACGGCGUUGUCGUUCUUGACGAAGCAUAUAUCGACUUUGCCCCCAAAGAUGCUUCUUUGGCUGAAUGGGUGACCGAGUUUCCUAACCUGGUCGUUAUGCAAACCCUCUCCAAGGCCUUUGGUAUGGCUGGCAUCCGCCUCGGUGCUGCAUUCACAUCGCCCCCUAUUGCACGACUGCUCAACAGUCUCAAGGCCCCUUACAACAUCUCCAGCCCUACAAGUGCCCUGGCGUCCUACGCUGUCUCCGAAAAGGGACUCGCUAUUAUGCGAGACCAUCGUGCGCGCCUCAUAGAGCAGCGUGAUCGUCUUAUCAAGGAACUUCCAAAAAUCCCCGGUGUUGGUCGUCUACGAGGUGGCACUGAAAGCAACUUUUUGCUUUACGAAAUGCUUAACACUGCAGGCGAGCCGGAUAAUACUGUCGCGUUGGCCGUAUAUGAGAAGCUUGCUGAGGGUAAGGGUGUCGUCGUGCGAUUCAGAGGAAAAGAGCACGGAUGCCAGGGAUGUCUACGAAUUACAGUCGGCACAGACGCCGAGGUGACAAGAUUUCUGGAGUCACUGAAGACGACGUUGGUUGAGGUGAGAGGCUCUUAA